AUGGCCUUGUCGCCAUUGGCGAGAGCAGCCACAAACCAGAUCAACACCCGUGACCAGCCUGCUUCUCUACCACAUGUAGCAUCCAUCCAAUACUCUGGCUCGGGCUGUCCGUCCAGCGCGCCAGGCGUCGAUCAGCUUGGGUCCUGGAACGACCUCGCCUUCCGGCUCAACAACUAUGAGAUCUCGCUGCCCAACGCAGCGGACAGCACAGCGAACUGUGAGGUCCACCUACAGGUCACCGGCUGCUCUGCGGGUUGGCAACUCGGCAUCAAGGAGGUGUAUGUGAAGGGGCAUCUAGUCCUAGAUCCCGGUGCGGAGGUGGAUUUCUACGUAACGACCUUCUGGAGCCAGAAUGCCGGCACAACUUCAACUGUCAGAGGGACCAUCGAGAACAGUGGUGCCACCCGGACCGACCAGAUCGCUACUGCUCAUGCCAGCAUCCCCAACUCGAGAAUCGUGUGGUCGCCCUGCAGUUCAGCUUCGGGCGAUAUUGGUACCCUAAACGUCAACUUCCGAGCGGCGCUCCAGGCAGACGGAAACCAGUACGGAUACUUCGGCAAGGGUAGUGAUACUACAGCUACCGAGAGCUGGGGAUAUGUUUGGAGAAGGUGUUAA